GCGGUAGAGUUCUGAAGCUCAUAGUACUUCAGUUUCCUCCUCUUCCAAAAAUCUGUACGAGCUUUAAGACAAGGGUUAUCAGUUUGCCAUUAUUGCUUUCUCUCUUUCAAUCCCGAAUACUGCAAAGCCAAAUUUGUGAAUCAACAAAGAUACUGAGGGUAUUGUUUCUGUUUGUUUCAUUAAAUAAAUUAGGGCAACAAUAAGUUAAAUGGGGAGCAACCAUAACAAUGAUAACUUGGAGCACAAAUUGCAAGCCGGGAAAUUGUUCCGUCAUGUUAAUUCUCUCAUAGUCGCUCAUCUUCGCGAUAAUAAUCUCAAUCAGGCUGCAAGUGCUGUAGCUUCAGCUACAAUGACACCAAUGAGUGUUGAAGCUCCUCCCAACAAGCUACUGGAAUUGGUUGCAAAGGGUCUUGCAGUGGACAAAGAUGAGACACUGAGAGGAGUUUCUACAGCUGUACCUUUUGAUCCAAUCGUAACUGCUGGAUAUGGCUCAAUCCCAGCCCCUCGGGCUGCAUCUGUUGAUUUCAGUAGCAUGAACGAUACAAAAGGGCCGUCAAAAAAUAUCCCAAAGCAUGAGUCACGACAUAUUUCUGAGCACAAGAAUGUUGCAAGGUGUGCCAGAUUUAGCCCUGAUGGAAGAUUUCUUGCUACUGGAAGUGCAGACACAUCAAUUAAAUUGUUUGAGAUUGCAAAAGUUAAGCAAAUGAUGCAGCCAGAAGCAAGGGAUGGCCCAGUGAGGCCUGUUAUCCGGACUUUUUAUGAUCAUCAACAACCUAUAAAUGACUUGGAUUUUCAUCCACAAAAUACAGUACUCAUAACUGGAUCAAAAGAUCGCACCAUCAAGUUCUUUGAUUUUUCCAAAACAGUAGCAAAGAGAGCAUUUAGAGUGAUUCAGGAUACACAUAAUGUAAGGUCGGUGUCAUUUCAUCCUUCCGGGGACUAUCUUCUGGCAGGAACUGAUCAUUCAAUUCCCCACCUAUAUGACAUUAACACUUUCAAAUGCUACCUGCCACCAAAUUUCCAAGAUAUGGGUGUCAAUGGUGCUAUUAAUCAGGUUAGGUAUUCAUCUACCGGUGGAAUGUAUGUAACUGCAUCCAAAGAUGGUGCAAUUCGGUUAUGGGAUGGGGUAACAGCUAGCUGUGUGCGAUCUAUAGAUGGUGCACAUGGAGCGGCAGAGGCUACAAGUGCAAAUUUCACAAAGGAUCAAAGGUAUAUCCUCUCUUCAGCAAAAGACUCUUCGGUGAAGCUUUGGGAAGUUGGCACAGGAAGAUUGGUCAAACAAUAUCUUGGAGCUACACAUACACAGUUGCGCUGCCAGGCUGUUUUCAAUGAUACAGAAGAAUUUGUAUUAUCAAUUGAUGAAUCUCUAAAUGAGAUUGUUGCUUGGGAUUCUCUGACAACAGAAAUAGUGGCUAGAUGGCCCUCCAACCAUAUUGGUGCACCCCGUUGGCUUGAGUAUUCCCCAGUAGAAGCUGCAUUUGUGUCUUGUGGGAUUGACCGAUCCAUUCGGCACUGGACUUAGUGCUACUAUUGAGCCAGCAGCAUUAGUAAAGCCAGAGAUAUGCCAAUGUAAUUUAAUAAGCUUGCUGUAACCUGUAAGAAACUCUCAGCACACUUGUUUGUUGUAUACUUGAGAGAAGAGAAAGAGGCAUUCGGAGGAAGGUCAACCUAGCAAAACUCUUAACCUCUUUUUGGCUGUGCAGUGGGCUAAGUAAAUGGAAAUGAUUUAUGCAUCCUCUCUGCCUCGAUUCUUUCCUUUGUUGGUGAACGAAGAAGAGGCAAUGAGCUACAAGGCAGAUUUCAAGUUGGUCCAAUGGUCAGGCAUGAUGGUUAAUCUCCUAGCUGACCUUUGCUGAUCAACCAAACUGCUUUUAAGGGAAGAUUGAAUAUUGCUCGAUGGACAUGUAUUCAGUUGUUUUUUUAUCUGUCCGGCAGGAUUUCUUUCCAAGUUUUUGUAAUUGAUUGAAACUAUUACACAAUAUGGACAUAAGCUUGAUGAUCCUUUUGAGAUUCUUAGUAGCAACCUUGUACCCUCUAAUAGGAUAUCCACAUCUCUUUGCCAUGGAUAGCUGCACUGUACCAAAAAGAAAAUUUUCUUCUCA